GUGCGCCACUCGAGUCUCUGCAGUCAUCUUAACCAGUCCGUUGGGUUUGGGUGUCGUGUAUCGUCGAGUAUCGUACGUGUGUGUGUGCUGUGUUGUUUGUUGUAUGCACCACAAAAUAAUAACACAUACUUUUGCACAAGCAGCGCACACAAAGCCUUGGGAGUCGCAACGGCCUCAAAAGGCUGCCUAGAAUCGAGUUACAGUUCGCGUUGCACUCCAAUAAUAAAAAGCUUCCGCAUCAAUUGCGGCUACAAACGAUGCUCUCCAACGGCACCUGCAGCAAAAGUGGCAGCCUGAGUUCACUGGACGCGUUGCCCAAGCAGUUUGUGCUGUCCAUGAAGAAGCUGUUCGACAUACUCGAUGACAAGCACAGCGGCUAUGUGCGCUACACGGAUAUUGAGAAGGGCUGGCAAGAUGAUGGCUCCAAGGGUCUGCCCCAAGGUGUGCUCGAUUCACUGCGUCGCGUCACUCCGCCCAGCGGUCUGUUGUCCUUUGAACGCUUCUGCGCUGGCCUCAAGUUGUGUCUGCUGCGCAAUCAACAGCAGGCGCAAGAAAAGCUAGCGAAGCCACCGCGUCCGCCUUCAGCUCCACAGCUGCUUGGCCUGAACUUGGACACAACACUAACGCCAUCAGUGGCACCUACAGCCAAGGUACGUCCGCGCUCGCAGCUCACUCUGAGCACACCGCCCUCGCUGAGUCCCGAGCUGGAGCGUGAUGAAGACUAUGGCACCCCAGCGCCGCCGCCGCCGAAGCCGCCACGGCAGCCAGCAAGUGCAUCACAACAGACGCCGCCGACGUCGUCGCUGGCCAAGGCAGACAUACGCAGCGCCUUGCAGAACUGGCAGCUGAGUCUGAUGCAUAGCGAACGCACAACGGUAGUGGACAAUUGUGGCAAACAAAAGAUUUUGAAGACAGCACGCGAGCAAUUCGAGCAUCGUGGUUCGGCUGAUGGCGGCUCAUCGUCCGCUUCGGCCACAGACUACGCUUUGGGCGGCUUAAGUCUGGCGCUGCCACCCAAGAAGUCCAGCAAGCGACGCGAGGCACGCAGGCAUACGCUGCAACAUGGCAUUGAUUACAACAUGCUGAAGCGUUUGAAGCAUCUGGAGGAGCAGCGAGAGCUAUUGCUCUUUGGCUUGGAUGGUGUGGAGAAGGCGCGCGACUUUUACAUGCAGCAGGUUCUCAAUGUACAGGAGCAGAUCAAGUACUUUGGACGUCUGGGCACAAGAUUUGAUCAAUGGUCUGAACUGCAGCAGGAACGCUUGAACUAUCAGCGUGGACGUGUGCUGGAAGCAAAUCGCAGCUUGGCCAUAUUAACCGAGACCUGGGAGCACGGUGGCUAUCCAUUGCACAUUAAUCUGGCUCUGCCGCGCAAGUCACUGCAGCACUUCAACUACAAGGACAACUACGCAGCCAAUGAGGCAGAUUUGCUGGCCUGCGAGAAGCAGGCGCUGAUGUCCGAACUAUAUGAACAGCAUCAGCAACAGCAGCAGCAACAACAUCAGCAGCAUCAACAGCAGCAGCAGCACACGCAGUUUCACAAUUUACGCGGUACACGCACGCGAAAUAUAUCGGAUUUUGUGCUUAGCCAGCCAUCGCCAGUAAGUCAAUCCUCUGCUGGACUUGGAGAUGCAGACGUUGUGUACUGAACAAGAGAAAAUAAGUAUUACUAGUAUUUUUUUUUAAUUGUACAUUAUAUUUUGUAAUAAAUGGCUCAACACAG